AUGAUUGUAGCAGAAUGUAAGUUGAGCUUCUGCGUAGGUUUGGUUUGUAAGGAACGUCCAUUCUUUCCUUGGGAUCAAAAGCUUCUUGAAGGAUUUCAGUCAAAAAGUAUCAGAAAUCUUCUCUUAAUUGAAAAUCAGAUAGAAUUCUGCUGCUUCAAUCUCUGCUCUAUAAAAUGCUAA